AUGAUGUUGCGCCUCCUCCUCGCGGUCCUGUGUCUGGUGUCUUGUGGCCUGGCCGCCCCCCGGCCGGUCAGGGUCAGGGCCAGAGGGGACGGCCGGAUAAUCGGCGGCACUGGCACCGACAUAACUAGCUACCCGUGGAUGGUCUCCAUGCAGAUCAACGGCCACCACUCCUGCGGGGGCUCCGCCAUCAGCAGCUACUGGGUGCUGACCGCUGGCCACUGCCUCUACGGUGCCAACAUCGGAACGUACAGCCUGAGGGCCGGCACCACGACCCGCGAGAGCGGCGGCGUCGUGACCGCCGUGUCGUACGGCGUACUGCACGGCAACUACGACCCCAACACGAUUGACUACGACAUCUCGGUACUGCAGGCAGCCACUCCUUUCCCCGUCGGUGGCUUCAUACAGAGCGUGGGUCUCCCUGCCGAAGGCUACGACCCACCAGGCGGGCUCGCAGUCACCAUCACUGGCUGGGGCGCCACAGCCACCACGGGGUCGGCGCCGGUCAGGAUGAUGAAGGUUGACAUCACCGUCAUCGACCGCGCCAGCUGCGUGUCCAGGUUUGGCGUCACCGACCGCAUGAUCUGCGCCGGCGAGGCCGGCAAGAGCACCUGCUACGGAGACUCAGGCGGUCCGCUCGUCAGUGGCAGCACUCAGGUCGGCAUCGUCUCGUGGGGAAGGGAGCAGUGCGAGUCCGAUGGAGCCGUCUACGCUAACGUCGGCAACCUCCGUUCCUGGAUCAGGAGUACCACAGGAGUCUGAUCAUGUUCUCUCAUUCUAUCUGCAUUAAUGUAAAACGAGUUGCAGCCUAAUUAGUUUUGAUACAAACUCAGAGCUUCUUAAAUUUCAGUCUCCUGCCAAGUUUAGCGUGAUCGUGUGUGUCGUACGUU